AUGGACCAGAAUGCCUUAAAAAGUACAAGGGCAAAGCCAAUCGAAAAUCAGUUCAUGGAAUCAACUUGGCCGGGGUCUUACUCAAAUCUGAAUUUAAUUGGAUUUGUUGUCAUUCUGUUGAUAGUAAUGCUGAAUAUCAAAAUAAGUAUCCGGAUUUUAUCAAUUCCAUCAGCUGUUGCCAUGGUCUCUACCAUAGCGGGCUUAACGCUCAUCUUCAUUUAUCUAUUCACAAGUGGUCUUGGAGAUCCUUCUACGUUGCCUUCUCACACAUCUUUUCACGAAGUUUGUAUAGCUCUUGGGAUAUUUAUAUUUACUUUUGAAGGCGUGGCCUUGGCUUUACCGAUCCGCAACCACAUGCACUGCCCCGAUGAAUUCGUAGCAACUUUCGGUGUGCUGAAUGCAUCUAUGGUGAUAACGGCCUGCUUGUGCUUAAUGAUCGGGUUCUUCGGCUACCUCUGUUUCGGCAAUGAUAUUCUUAGCAGUAUCACCUACAAUAUCCCAAGUACUGUUGUUUACAUAGCGGUGAAGCCUUUGUUUGUCCUCGCCAUCAUUCUUUCCUAUCUGCUGCAAUUCUACGUCCCGGCUGUCAUUUUUGGCCGGCUAAUGUUGAAGAUGCGCUGGCACCGCAUGUCGUCUCCUGAACAACAGUCGAUUAAUCGGAAAAUAAUGCGCGUUGUGCUGAUCCUCUUCACUUGCAAGUCUUACUUUAUUCGGGUUAGUACCGUAGAUAUUUUGACGUUCCACAAAGUCACCUGUCUCUGCUUAGUCACCGUAUUGCCCCCUUUUCUUCUAGACGCCGUUGCGAUGCUUGUUCCCCAUCUGGACUUGAUGCUGUCCCUACUGGGCUCAGUUUCGAGUUCUGCUCUGUCGCUGCUCGUUCCUCCAGUAGUUGAGCUCAUCCACCUCUGGCCUGAUCGUCAGCAAAUUUCUCACUUCUACCUCACCGUUGUUACGAAAAAUGCCUUGUUACUACUGGUUGGCUUGUUUUCAGCCAUUUGCGGAACCGCAGCCACUGUCAUCCAAAUCAUAACAGUGCUUAGAAAUGGAGGCGAGUAA